AUGCUGCGGCCCGAGGCCGGCAGCCGCCGGCGGCAGGGCUUCAAGAAGGGCGUGGACGCGGAGGAGGGGCGGCGACGGCGGGAGAACAACAUUGUGGCGCUGAGGAAGAACAAGCGGGAUGAGAACCUGCAAAAGAAGCGGAUGGUCAACCUGGACCAGCCGAGGCAGGAGCUGGCUGCGGGGCGGAGGGUGGCGGACCGUGCUUACCGGUUUUGUGGCCGCCUGCGAUCGCAGCUGGACGAGCUGCCAGCCAUGGUGGCGGGCGUGUGGAGCGAGAACCCGCAGGAGCAGUACGAGGCCACCACCAAGUUCAGGAAGCUGUUGUCUUUAGAGAGGAACCCACCGAUCGAGGAGGUGAUCAAGCAGGGCGUCAUCCCCCGCUUCGUUACGUUUCUGCGGUGCCAGGACUUCCCGAAGCUUCAGUUUGAGGCGGCCUGGGCGCUGACGAACGUGGCGUCGGGGACUUCGGAACACACGAAGGUGGUGAUAGACAACAACGCCGUGCCGAUUUUCGUGGAGCUGCUCAGCUCCACCAACGACGACGUCCGGGAACAGGCGGUGUGGGCUCUGGGGAACAUCGCCGGGGACUCGCCGAAAUGCCGUGACCUGGUGCUGCAGCAUGGCGCGCUGUGGCCCCUGCUUGAGCAACUGAAGGAGACCUCCAAGCUCUCCAUGCUCCGAAAUGCGACCUGGACCCUCUCAAACUUCUGCAGGGGCAAGCCUGCUCCAGACUUCGAACUGACCCGGCACGCCCUGCCAGCAUUGGCAAGGCACAUUCACAGCACCGACGAAGAAGUGCUGACAGACGCUUGUUGGGCACUGUCGUACCUCUCCGAUGGGGACAACAACAAAAUAGAGAAGGUCAUCCAGGCUGGUGUGUGCCGAAGGCUUGUGGAGCUGCUCAUGCACCCAACAGCAGGCGUACUCGUCCCUGCCCUCCGAACUGUGGGCAACAUCGUCACGGGGGACGAUGCCCAGACCCAGGUCAUCAUCAACUGUGGUGCCCUCUCCUGUUUGCUGAACUUGCUAACGACCAGCCACAAGAAGAGCAUAAAGAAGGAGGCCUGUUGGACCAUCUCCAACAUCACUGCAGGGACCCAGGAGCAGAUCCAGGCUGUGAUUGAUGCCAACAUCAUCCCUCCCCUGAUCCACCUCCUGUCGACGGCCGAGUUUGACAUCAAGAAGGAAGCGGCUUGGGCGAUCAGCAACGCCACCUCGGGCGGCACCCCUGACCAGAUCAAGUUCCUGGUGAACCAGGGGUGCAUCAAGCCCCUGUGUGACCUGCUGACUGCUGCGGAUGCCCGGAUCGUGAUGGUGGCUAUGGAGGGUUUGGAGAACAUCCUGAAGGUGGGUGAGGAGGACAAGCCCAUGAAUGGUGGCACCAACCCGUUCACCAAGCAGAUUGAGGAUGCUGAUGGUCUGGACAAGAUCGAGCAGCUGCAAGAGCACCAGAACGAGGACAUCUAUGACAAGACUGUGUCCCUCCUGGAGACGUACUUCGAGCUUGAAGAUGGGGAGGUGGAGAAUCUUGCCCCUGGGCUUGAUGUGGGCCAAGGCACAUAUGCCUUUGGCAAUGGCGGCCCUGCUGCCGGUGCCCCACAGGGAGGCUUUCACUUUGGCAACGCCAUGUAG